AUGAUGAUUAAGGUGGCGUUAGCAAUUUUCUUAUCCAUUAUCCCUGCAUAUGCUAUUAAAGUUAAAGUGGGAAAAGAAUUUAUUGACAUUCCUGAUGAAAUAAGCCAUAUGACUGCUAUGUAUUCUUCAGGAGCAAAAAAUGAUAGUUAUAUAGACGCAGUUAAUGCAGUUUUAGAAAAACCAGAAGAUAAUUAUAAAUUUUCAAUUACAAAUGACGUACACAAAUGCUAUUUUAGCAAAAUUGAUAUUGAAAUUAAUGAUGAGCAUAGACCAAUUCACAAAUUAUUUCGUGAAGAAAAUAAAUCAAUAAUAGAAGAUGCUAUAAGGGACUACAAAUUAUUGUUAAUGCUAGAUUUAGAAAAAAAUGCUAAAAAAAAAAUAGAUUUGACAAAAUUACCAGAACAUUUUCAAGAUAUAGGAGUAGGCUAUUUGAGUACAAUAAAGCCUUCAUUUUUCCAUAAAUAUACCCAUAAUGAAAAUGAAAAUUCAAUGAAAGAAGGAUUAGAAAUAAGUUAUGAUAACAAUGAACUUGAUGAUUCAAAAACUAGAAAUAAUGAAAAUUCAGAUUUAUCUAAAUUUAAUAAUGAUAAACCUAAUGAUGAUAAACAAAAAAGAAGCAUGAUGAUAUCAUCACAGCAAAUUAUAAUGCAUAAUGGAAAUACAAAUGGUGAACUUGGAGAAUCAGAAAAUGAAGAAUAUUAUAAUAAUAUGAAUAAAGAAAAAGCUUUAAAUAUAUUUAUGAAUAAUACAAAUUUACACAUGACUGGAAUAUGUAUUGCAUUAAAAAAUAAUGAAAAUAAAUAUAUUGGCCAAUGUGCAGCUAAAAUGAAUAAACAUUUUAGUUCAAUUGCUUGCGAAUCCCAUGAAAAUAAUUAUUUAAGAAAAAAUCAAAAAAUAAAAGAAUUAUUUCCAGGAAUGAUGCAUGAACAAUUAAAUAGUAGAAUGUCUGAAAUGAUUAAAUUUUUUGAAAAUCCAGAGGAAGCUACUGGUAUGUUAUUAUCCGCUUUAAGUAAACCAGGAUUGAUGGAAUCGAUAAAUUCUUUAGAUAUAGCAUCUAAUUUUAAUUUUGGCCUACCUCAUGAAAAUAUGAACCCAGAAGAAUUAUUAAAUUUAGAUAAUAGCCCAAAGUAUGACAUUGAUCAAGAUAAAACCAAUUUAGAUAAUUAA